AUGCCUUUAGCUUCAGAAUCUCGCGGUCGUCGUCGUUUGCAGUUUACCUCCGCUCCGCUUGAAGGCAAGACAUUUUUCCUUCACGUGCAGUCAGCAAGUAAAGCCAGGGAGCUGGAGAGAAAACUCAAAGAACUAGGAGGGGUCAGUACAGAGAUUUAAUGUUACUUCAGUGGAAGGGGUGCAAUUAAAGGAUGGUGACAGACACCCGAGAGAACGUUUCAGUGGUAUCAAAGGUCAUAAAACAUCGCCUCUCUGAGGACCAAUCUCAAAUGAUAACAAAAUGGACCAAAAUGGUCUUACAAUUUUAAUGCAAUCUGCACGCACUGAUAUUCAACACAAUCUAAAGAGCAUGCAGUUAUCCCCCGUUGCAACAGAAACUUGGUGUAGGUACCCCAAAAUGUCAGCAUGAUAAUGUCUGUUAUAAUGAGUUUGUUUUAUGAUUUCAAUGUUUACGUAUAUGAUUACGCUACACUGCUUAUCUCAUGUUAUCUUGGACUGGAACGUAUACAGCACAUGAGGAGUAAAACAGGACCUGCUCAAAACACAGUUGAAUGAUGAAGACUACACAAGACUGAAUGACGGUCCAAAUUAACUAAGCUUCUUAAAAACUUAAUGCCAUUUCGGGAGCCAUUUCAAACUAUGUGUUUAUAUACUAGCUUUUUCAAAGUUCGGACUUAUUGGUUCUUAUUUUAUUAAAUGUUUUCUCUUCUUUCUCUGUACUUAAUUUGUAAAACACAUCACUAUAAUGUUAUUACAAACUUUAUUCCAGGAUAAGUCCAUUGCAUAUGCUUUCUUUUUACAGUUUUAAUGAUACAUUAUCAGUGUGCAUGUCUUUGUUUCAAGACCGUACUCUUGAAAAAGCACAUGCAUCUAUAAAACUUGCAUGCAAAAGGUCAGAAGAGGGAACGUAGUAAAUCAGGGUAUCAAACCAUUUAUAUUUUUGUUGGUUUUUUUGAUCUCUCUAGGUAGUAGAAAAGUUUCUUAGUAAGGAAUUGUCAUGUGUGAUCACAGACCAAAAGAAACCAGGAACUACAAACCUCACUUUAUCGGGCAAUCGAGGGGUAAGUAUUCUCAUCACUACGUUUGGUGCGCGCAAGUGUGCGCUUUUAUUGUUUGUUGCAUAGAUCAAUGAACUGGAGAGUUGUCUUCUAUUUGUUUUAAUCUUUCAGGCAUCUGUUGCCUUAUUACCUUUACUGUUGUAGGUCUGAUUCCAAUAGACUUUUCGCUGUUCCGUAUCUUUCCGUAAGAUCGGUGGGAUCUACGCUGGGUGCCAGAGACUUUUCAUGGACAGUUCCUGGCUUCGGUCUAGUCUUUAGAGAGCUUUAGAUUUGAGGACGAGGACGGGUACAAGUACGAGAUUUAACUUAAGUUUUUGCGCGUCUUCUGAAAAAAGACACCCUGGAAAGCUUCUUCUUACCUUUUUUCACCAAAAAAGUUUGUUCGGUUAUUUGUACUAAAGGAGGUUAAGCCCUCUCCCGAUAACAAAAUGAUAAAACUUGUUACAUUUGAUAACUUGUUUCCGCCACUACGACAUUCUCACUAUUCUAAUGACGAUGGCUAUCACGUGUUCCCGCCAAAAUAACGCUGAUUCAUGCGCGCGCACUACUUAGUGUUGGGAAAUUCUGGGAAAAUCUCGUACUCGUAGUCGUCCUCUUCUCAGUGUAGAAAAUAGGGACUUUAAGAUCCAACGACGCGACGGCAACGAGAACGUCGCUUAAAAAAGGAAAUUACGUUCUUUCAGUUUUUAUCGCAAUUAUUCCUAUCCACUCACUUUGUCAAAUGUACAUGUAGGCGAACCCUCCUGGAGUUGAAUGCCUAGGGACCAUAUCCAAGUGCAGAAAGACGGAAACAAAAUUUCGUCGUUGAUUGUUUACGUAUUCCAUAAAACGCGAAAUUAGGCAUUUUCACGUCGUAGUCGUGCAAAGCGGGCAAAGAAAUGUACAAAAAAGCGUGAUGCACCCGCAAAGUUGUUGUUUUGCUUAUUAAACCUAUUGUUUUUUUGACGUUCUUGUUGCCGUUCGCGCGCGGCGGGAAUUUUCGAUGUUGGCCGAAGGCGGAGACCGCGAGAAAAAAAGCUUUUCGCGCGGGUCACCAUAAAGACUUGACAGAAAAGGGAAAGUCUCUGGUACCCAAGAUAUAUAUCCCGAGGAUCUUACGGGAAAUAGGGGAAUGAACAGUUAUUUCUAAAGCUCACAAAUUAGUCUUCUUUUUUUCAGCCAACUCGUGCUGAAGCCAUUCUCCAGAAGUCUGUGAAACAACAGAAACAACCAACCAAGAGUACCGAUGUCCUGACCAAUGCAGAAAAGUGGGGAAUACAAGUCAAACCGGUUGAGCAAGUUUUAAAAUGGAUUGAAGGGCAAACGAAACGUCAAGCUACUAGUAGGCAACCGUCUGGCCGUGUUUGCAGUCUCAGAGGGGCUUUCCUUAAAGUGGAAGAUCAUAGUCGGUAAGAUACAUGGUUUAAGAGUGCUCAAUAGUUAACCUAGAGAAUACAUCAAGUAGACUGAUGCGUGAGCUGCACUAAGUGGUCUUGAAUAUUUAUUGCGACUCAGAGACUUCUGCGAAACAGUCAUCAGGCAACUGCCAAAAAGAACGAUUACAAUCGAAUAUAUAGAGAAAACAAUACAACAAAUGGGGCGUCGAAGAGCUUCGACGACUUACCAUUUCAUCAUGAUUAACCAAACAGAAUCAGCAGACGCGCUACGCACCAAACGCUACGCCCCACGCGCCAUUUAUUGUUCUGUUUUCUCUAUAUAUUUCAUUGUAAUCGUUUUUUUGGCAGUUGCCCGAUGAUUGCUUCGCAAGAAGCAUGAAACUCUAUGUAGCAAUAAAUAUUCAAGACCACUUAGUCCAGCUUCAUCAGUCUACUUGUAGUGUGCGGUAUGGAUAUUAAAAUUUUGAACCAAUUGUUUCCUUUCAAAUUAAUGACUCACAGAAUCACUCCAAAUAAACUGUCGGGUUUAGUGAUGUGUGGGUUAAUAUUUUAUAGAAAGUCUUAGAAGCUAAAACGCUUCUCCCUCGCAGUCGUUUUUUGGGAUGUCACGCAACGUUCUUGUAGGGUAAACGGCUGCAAGGGAGACUACCAUGGACACAAACUACACCAAGGAACGAGUGCUUGCAGCAGAAUUUGCGCACAUUUUAGCCAUGGCUAAGAGAAAGGCACAUUAGCUUGCUAAAAAGCUUAUGUAGGCUAUGUUCACUAUACCGGCUGACUUUUACGCUGGCACGAAAACCAUAUGAUACCGCAUAGGGCCCCUGAUCUGCACACAUAAGAACGGAUAGUGGCUGCGCUGCGCUGGUCUCUUAAGUGGAGAGUCACAUAUCAGAUAGGUGUUCAUACCAUACCGGAUAGCUAGCCCAUGGUAUAGAGUGUACAUAGUAUAACCUGAGUCUAUUUGAUUAAGAAUCCCUUCAGUACCUCAAGGCCAAUGAUGGCUUAAAUCUAACAGUAUUUCCUAGGCAAGAACUUCGCCGAUAAUCUGAUCGUUAAAAAUAUACUAAUAAUUCUUGUUACUCCGAUAGACAAUACAGACCCCUGGUUAAGGAACUAAAUAUGUGGCCACGACUGAACCUCGAUGCUCCGCCCGGCUUUUCACCCUUUGACGAACCGGUGAGCAUGCGCACAAGGUCACGAAGUUCAUCUAAAAGUCCACAGAGGCGCACCAAGCGUGCAGCUGGUAAGCGCUCUACUGGAAGUACGGACAAGAAAGGAUACUGUGAGCUGUGUGAUGAGCAGUAUGUGGGGAUGAAGACGCAUAUUACCGGCAGACAACACAAGUUGGUGGCAUCGCGAAAAGAUACCUACGCUGAACUGGAUAGGCUGAUAUCAAGAGGGAAAACUUUAAAAGAAUUUGAGGCUGAAAUGAGAAAGAAAACAAGUGCAGAGGCUUCAAAUACAACUAGAAAAUCAAGGUAAUCAAGCAACAAACCAGUCAGUACCAAGCAAACUAACGAUAGUAUUAAGUAAUUAAGUUAGAAGCAAACUUAGCGAAGGCAAUCACUACUUUUACAUUAGAAAGUUCCGUGCUUGUCAGUGACGGAUUUAAGAUCUUCAAGUAAAGUAGGGUCCGCUAAUCCAGAGCCUAAGAAAAAAGAAAAAAAAUUCCCAGUCCUGCAGGCUUCAGCUUGGCCUCAUGUAAAGACGUUUAGCCCCCGCUCCUGGAUUCCCAAGUUUGUUGAAUGGAACAGAGAUCAUACUGAAAAGGAGAAAAUCUUGCCUAGUCCCUAGGCCUCAUUAUUGCGCGCGGCCGAUGCGUUUCGGGUCACGUGGUCAAAGCAUUGACCGAGAAGGGAAGGGAAGACGCUGUGCUGGGACUAGCCAAGAAUAAAUCUAAAAGGCAUCAAGUGAGAGCGAGGGUGCGUUUUAUUAUGGGUCUGGGAUGAAAGUAUUUUGGAAAAUCAAUAACCACACCUAACUGAGAGUCGAGCAAAAGUACAGAACUGAAAAUUCGAAACAGCAAUCGUCCCCUGACUGAAACAAUUCUCGAUUACAUUCUGUUACUGCUAUUUAUACAAGCCAACAUAAGCUUCCAGGCCCUUAGUUGUUCAAAAGUGGAUAGCGUUAUAUACUAGAUACAAAUAUUAUCUAGUGCAUAUUGCAAUUGCGUUCCCUAACACUUUCCGCCCGAGAAGCGCUAUCCAGUGUUUGGGCAACAAGGGCCAGCUUCUUACUUUUGGCAUCUCCUGAGUGGAAGCGAAAGUUUUAACACAUGUUUUGUUGUCACUUUUUUCCUUACGCCUUUAGGUCAAGAAGUAGAUCUCCAGUUAUUGUCAAAUCAACUCCUCAAAAAAGAAAGAUAAUAUCAGGAACAUCCACAUCCCCACGAAGACGGAAAACCUUAAGAAGCAAGCCGCCAACUCCAUCUCCUGGCCGAAGGACCCCAAGUAGACAGUCGGAGACUUCCUCGCCCGCCCGAACAAGGCCGAACUCUGCUCAAAAGGUUAAAAAGAUGGUAACUCCGAUCAAAAUUGUCCGAUUUCAAGAUGAUCAAUAUUCCGUCGUGAAAUCCAGCGCUAAGAAGAGACGUCGCGACGAAGCUGACGUUGAAGCUAGUCACAACAAAUCCAAAAGAAAAAAGACGGAUCGAUAUUCGAUCGUCGAGUCCACACCGAUGAGAAUCCGACUUCGGCGCAGUAGGAGAAGCGGUUCGAAAGGGGCAAGCGGGUCUCUUUUUGUUAACCUACCGGUGUUCGUCAAAAGCCCGAAUGGACGCUCGCCAUAG